UCUCACCAGCUGUUUCCCGCCUUGAAACAGACAUCAGCUGCAAACACACACACACUCACAUUGAGAGGCAGAACACAAGGAGAGAGACAGACGCCUCCCCCCGAUCAUCUGGGACAUCCUACACACUACACCAUUGAUCCCCCUGCAUGCACCAUCACCUGAUCAAUAAGGCUGAUCGGGGAUCCCACCGGAGCUAAAGGGGGGAGCUGCUGCUGCUGCUAUUACUACUAGAGGGGGGUGGUGGGAGGGAUACACAUUUUGGGGGGGGUGGAGGUUGGUCCUCCUGCUGAUUGCUAUGGAGUAUUUCAUGAUGCCCGCGCAGAAAGUACCCUCCCUGCAACACUUCAGGAAGACGGAGAAAGAAGUCAUUGGUGGCCUGUGCAGCCUAGCAAACAUCCCCUUGACGCCAGAGACGCAACGGGACCAAGAAAGGCGGAUACGCCGGGAAAUUGCGAAUAGCAAUGAACGCCGCCGCAUGCAGAGCAUCAAUGCUGGCUUCCAGUCUUUGAAAACUCUAAUCCCCCACACAGAUGGGGAGAAACUAAGCAAGGCAGCGAUACUGCAGCAGACGGCAGACUAUAUAUUCUCCCUGGAACAGGAGAAGACCAGGCUACUGCAGCAGAAUACCCAGCUGAAGCGCUUUAUACAGGAGUUCAAUGGCUCAUCCCCUAAGCGACGACGGGCGGAAGACAAGGAUGAGGGCAUCGGCUCGCCGGAUAUCUGGGAAGAGGAAAAAGCCGAAGACCUGCGAAGGGAAAUGAUUGAACUGCGGCAGCAACUGGACAAGGAACGUUCUGUGAGGAUGAUGCUGGAGGAGCAGGUGCGGGAUCUGGAUGCUCAUAUGUACCCUGAAAAGUUGAAGGCUAUAGCUCAACAAAUCCAGGAAGAGGGAGGGCAGGGACAAUCGGACGAGUCACUGGACAGGGGUGACCAGCCUCUCCAUUCUCAGCUCCUGGCACCACAUAUGCCCCUGGCGCCCACUCACCACCCCACAGUAAUAGUCCCCGCUCCACCCCCUGCACCUUCUCAUCACAUCAAUGUUGUGACUGUGGGACAUUCCUCGGUGAUCAGUUCUGUGUCCACCUCCCGGCAAAAUUUGGACACGAUUGUGCAGGCCAUACAGCACAUAGAGGGCACACGAGACAAACAGUUGCAGGAAGACGAGCAGCGAAAGGCGGUCAUCGUGAACGCUGCGCGCCCAUGCGAAGAUUCGGACACCGCGUCGGACACAGAAUGCGACGACAGCGAGGCAGAUCAAAACAAGGAUGAUGCCAUGGAAGACCCCUGACAUCUGCUGCCCUUCCCAGGACUGGGCAAGAGACUGGGGGGGAACUGGAGGGGGAGGAGGCUAAGGGUACUUGAUGGAGCACAGUCGGGGGUUGCUCCCUGCCGGCCUCCUCCCC